CGCCGCUGAGCGGAUUUGUGGCCGCCUGAACGGGUGGAGGGGUCGCCGCGAGGGUUACGGGAGUUCUACGGGGGAAUUUGGGGUCGUCUGAGAGGGUGGAGGGGCACCGCGAGGCCCUCCGGAGGUUUUGUGCGGGCAUUUGGGGUCUUCUCAGAGGAUGAAGAGGCUCUUUGGGGCGAUACGAGGCUACCAUGGGCUGAUUUGGGAUCAUUCUUGGAGAUUUGGGACUUUCCGUGAGGUUUUGGGGUUGUCUGAGGUCAUUUGGGGCCUUUAGGAGGACGCUUGUGGCUCUGCGAGGGGUCUGGAUGCUGCUAUGAAGAAAUUUUUGGGGUUAUCUGAAGCUCUUGGGGUUUCUGUGAGGGUUUUCGAGCCUGGCAUGAGAAUUUGAGGUUCCCACGGCGAAAUGUGGGAUUUUCUGAGUGGAUUUGAGGCUCCCUGAGCGGGUUUGGGGCCAUUAUAAACGAUUUGGGGGUCUCGGGGCUGUGUAGAGAGGGUUGGUCAGGACUGGGGGGGGAUUUGGGGUGGAUUUGGGGUGGAUUUGGGGAUCUCUAAGAUUAAUUGGGGCUGUGCUCCCCCAGACACCUCACACGAUGUCCCAUCCAACCCUGAACCCCAACUGCUGCAAAAUUUCCAUGUUCUCCCCCCAAAAAUGAGCCUAAAGUGGAGAUUUGAGCAUCCACAUCCCAGCCAGCAGCAGGUGGUGGCUGCUCCAGCCCCCCAAAACACCUGAAAUCCCCCCAAACCCAGGUUUAUUUCUGGGGGACACUCGCCCUGUCCCCCUCCCCAGCCCGCUGCUUUUCCUGCCAAAUCUUUGCUUUUGUGUGUGCUCAGUUUUGGUGGAGCUGAAGUUGAGGAAUCCCAGUCCCUCUGUGAUCAGAGAUUUGGAAGGAUCCCAGCAGGAUCCUCUGUUUUGGCUAAAAUCCCCCACAUUUUUACCACCAGACUCCUCAAAUUUGGCGAAAACCACCUCAAAGUUACAAUUUUCCACUCCAAAGUUACAAUUUUAUGUGGCUGCUGCUUGGUGUCACCUCCUCAUCCCACCCAAAACCCCCAAGAUUUUGGGUCAAAACCCCUCAAACCGGAUAACCCCAUCAGCGACGCUCCCACAGGGAUACCAAAAAUGCAAACAUUGAUUUUUAUACCCCAAACCCCAUUUUUCCCAAGGAUUUUAGGGCAGCUCCGCUGUUUUGGGGCAGAAUUUGGGGAUUUCCGGCGGGCAGAGCUGUGCCGGGAUGGGAUUUGGUGCGAAUUCCCGGGAUUUUGGUGCGUUUUUUGCCCCGUUUCAGAGGAAGUCGAGCAAAGCCAAGGAGAAGAAGCAGCGGCGGCUGGAGGAGCGCGCGGCCAUGGCCGCCGUCUGCGCCAAGGUCGAGGCCGCCAACAAACUCCAAGAUCCCCUCGAGGCUUUCCCGGUGUUCAAAAAGUACGACAGGAAUGGGCUGAACGUGUCCAUCGAGUGUCGCCGCGUGUCCGAUCAAUUUGGGUCAAACCCAUCACACUUUGGGCUGAACCCAGAUCAAUUUGGGCUGAACCCAGACCAAUUUGGCACGCAGAUGAAGAAGGUGAUGCUGACCGUGUUCAAGCACAACCACGGCGCUCUCCAGUUCUUCCGCGAGGCGCUGCAGUAA